UCAAGCGGCGUGCGUAAAGAUGGCGGCGGUGGUGGAGAUGGUGGUGGAGUGAUUGUUUUCUUGCAGUGUUGUUGAGAGGCUCUUCUCCUGAUUAUAACGAUAGCUGGGUGUUGCGGGAUGGCGGACGUGGCGUUAGACGAGCUCAGUAAGCUCGAGUAUCUGUCCCUGGUGUCCAAGGUCUGCACUGAACUGGACAACCAUCUGGGCAUCAACGACAAGGAUCUGGCUGAAUUUAUCAUCAAUCUGGCUGAAAAGAAUAUUACUUUUGAGACUUUCAAAGGAGCACUGGUGAAAAAUGGAGCUGAGUUUACGGACUCACUCAUCAGCAAUUUGUUACGUCUAAUACAGACCAUGCGACCUCCAGCCAAGCCAUCGACAUCUGGCAAAGUUGAAACAGUCAAACCAAAAUCAGAAAGGGAGAAAAUGAAGGAGCUGUUCCCUGCUCUCUGCCUGCCUGAUACCCUGCCUACAAAGAGUCUGUUGGAUGAAGAUGAUAUGAAAGUAGCGGCAGAUGCAUUGAAGGAGCUUGAAGCCUUGAUGCCAUCAAAGACGGAUCAUAAAAAGAGCAGCAAACGCAGCUCUAACGAAAAGGGGAAAAGGAAGAGAAGGAGUCGUAGUCGCAGCAGAGACAGAGACAGAGACCGAGACCGGGACCGGAAACGACAUCGCAGGUCAAGGUCCAGAUCGCACUCCAGAGAUCGAAACAAAAGUAAAUCCAGCAGACGAUCCAGAAGCAGGAGCCUUAGCCCUAACAGGGACCACAAGGAUCGAGUCAGAGCAAAUGAGAAGAACUGUGAGAAGAGAAAAGAUAGACACGUAGACAGGCCUCCACCAGAAGAACCAUCUGUGGGCGAGAUCUAUAAUGGCAAGGUCACCAGUAUUAUGCAGUUUGGAUGCUUUGUACAGCUGGAAGGUUUAAGAUAUCAACCAUUUCCCAGAAAACGAUGGGAGGGUUUGGUACACAUCUCUGAGCUCAGGCGAGAGGGACGUGUAGCCAAUGUUGCUGAUGUUGUUAGCAAAGGUCAAAGAGUUAAGAUCAAGGUGCUAUCAUUUACUGGAUCCAAAACAAGCUUGAGCAUGAAGGAUGUAGAUCAAGACACUGGAGAGGAUCUAAACCCAAACCGGCGCCGCAAUGUUGGUGGGGAAACUAACGAGGAAACUACCAUGAGGAAUCCUGAUAGACCAAGUAAUCUGUCACUGGUGAACACCCCUGAGAUUGAAGAUGAUGUGCUUGAACGCAAACGUCUCACAAAAAUCUCUGAUCCUGAGAAGUGGGAGAUCAAACAGAUGAUUGCAGCAAAUGUUAUCUCAAAAGAGGAGUAUCCUGACUUUGAUGAAGAAACAGGCAUCCUUCCGAAAGUUGAUGAUGAAGAAGAUGAAGACCUUGAAAUUGAGCUAGUGGAAGAAGAGCCUCCGUUCCUCAGGGGACAUACAAAGCAGAGCAUGGACAUGAGUCCUGUUAAAAUAGUAAAGAAUCCUGAUGGCUCACUAUCCCAGGCUGCCAUGAUGCAAAGCGCUUUGGCUAAAGAAAGGCGGGAGAUGAAGCAAGCACAGCGGGAGGCAGAAAUGGACUCGAUCCCGAUGGGACUGAAUAAACACUGGGUUGAUCCACUACCUGAUGUUGAUGGCCGACAGAUUGCAGCAAACAUGAGGGGAAUAGGAAUGAUGCCCCAAGACAUACCUGAAUGGAAGAAGCAUGCGUUUGGUGGAAACAAGGCAUCUUAUGGUCGUAAAACCCAAAUGUCUAUUCUUGAGCAGAGAGAGAGCCUGCCCAUCUAUAGACUUAAAGAGCAGCUGGUACAGGCUGUCCAUGACAACCAAGUCCUGAUUGUCAUUGGGGAAACUGGUUCUGGUAAAACUACACAAAUCACCCAAUACUUGGCUGAAGCGGGGUAUACAACCCGGGGAAAAAUUGGGUGCACGCAACCAAGACGUGUAGCUGCAAUGUCAGUUGCUAAGAGAGUGUCAGAAGAGUAUGGAUGCUGUUUGGGUCAAGAGGUUGGUUACACCAUUCGAUUUGAGGAUUGCACCAGUCCAGAGACUGUGAUAAAGUAUAUGACUGAUGGUAUGUUGCUCAGAGAGUGCCUCAUAGAUCCUGACCUGUCUCCGUAUGCAAUCAUCAUGUUGGAUGAGGCCCAUGAGAGGACUAUCCACACUGAUGUUCUGUUUGGACUUCUGAAAAAGACUGUUAAAAAACGUCCUGAUAUGAAAUUGAUUGUAACAUCAGCCACACUGGAUGCAGUUAAAUUCUCUCAGUAUUUUUAUGAGGCACCUAUCUUCACGAUUCCUGGCCGAACAUACCCAGUGGAAGUGCUUUAUACGAAAGAACCUGAAACUGACUAUCUGGAUGCUAGUUUAAUUACAGUGAUGCAGAUUCAUUUAACAGAACCGCCAGGUGACAUUCUGGUUUUCCUAACUGGUCAGGAAGAAAUCGAUACUGCGUGUGAGAUUCUGUACGAACGAAUGAAAUCCAUGGGCCCAGAUGUGCCAGAAUUGAUUAUUCUGCCUGUGUAUUCUGCUUUGCCAAGUGAGAUGCAAACCAGAAUUUUUGAUCCAGCCCCUCCUGGUAGCAGAAAGGUUGUAAUUGCUACCAAUAUUGCUGAAACAUCACUGACUAUUGAUGGCAUCUACUAUGUUGUGGAUCCUGGGUUUGUUAAGCAGAAAGUCUAUAACUCAAAGACGGGUAUUGACCAGCUCGUGGUGACUCCAAUUUCACAGGCUCAAGCUAAGCAGCGUGCUGGUCGUGCAGGAAGGACGGGACCUGGGAAAUGUUAUCGACUCUACACUGAACGUGCCUACAGGGACGAAAUGUUGACCACAAAUGUUCCUGAAAUUCAAAGAACUAAUCUUGCUAGUACAGUACUGUCACUCAAGGCUAUGGGGAUCAAUGACCUGCUUUCAUUUGAUUUUAUGGAUGCUCCUCCUAUGGAAACCCUAAUCACAGCCAUGGAACAGUUGUACACGCUGGGAGCACUAGAUGAUGAAGGUUUGCUGACGAGACUUGGGCGCAGGAUGGCAGAGUUUCCUCUGGAACCCAUGCUUUGUAAAAUGCUGAUCAUGUCUGUACAUCUUGGAUGCAGUGAAGAGAUGUUAACAAUUGUGUCCAUGCUGUCUGUACAGAAUGUUUUCUACCGACCAAAGGAUAAGCAAGCUCUUGCAGAUCAGAAGAAAGCAAAGUUCCACCAAGCAGAAGGGGAUCAUCUCACCUUGCUUGCUGUCUACAAUUCAUGGAAAAACAAUAAAUUUUCCAACCCUUGGUGCUAUGAAAACUUCAUCCAAGCGCGUUCCCUUCGCAGAGCACAGGAUAUCCGUAAACAGAUGCUGGGUAUCAUGGACAGACAUAAGCUGGAUGUUGUUUCAUGUGGAAAAGCCACCGUGCGAGUUCAGAAAGCAAUCUGCAGUGGCUUCUUCCGCAAUGCAGCGAAGAAGGACCCACAAGAAGGAUACCGUACACUGAUUGACCAGCAGGUGGUAUACAUUCACCCCUCCAGUGCUCUCUUCAACAGACAGCCUGAAUGGGUUGUAUAUCAUGAACUUGUCUUGACUACUAAAGAAUACAUGCGAGAAGUGACCACCAUUGACCCACGCUGGCUAGUAGAGUUUGCACCUGCCUUCUUCAAAGUGUCCGACCCAACUAAACUCAGCAAGCAAAAGAAACAGCAGAGGCUGGAGCCCCUGUACAACCGCUAUGAAGAGCCCAACGCCUGGAGAAUCUCGCGUGCGUUCAGACGACGUUAAAUUGCUGACUGUCAGAAUUAUUUGGUGAAGAAAGUGGAAUUGGAAGCAAGACAAAAUUCUAAAGGGAUUAAAGACUGAAAAGCAGAGCUGUACAUUCAAAGCACCUCCAGUAUUUAAGAUGACUUAUUUUUUGUGUUGCUCCGUAUGAUGUAUUCUUAGCAUUUAAAAGUUUCCUACGUAAGGAAAUACUUUGUGUAUUCUUCCAUAACGUCGUUGCACAAAUCUAUUCUGUACAAACUUGGUUAGGAGCUGCUGUUUUAUCUGUCUGUAGUAUAUACUAACAUGCAAUUUCAGUUGAAUCCAAAAAAAACCCUUUUCUAUUGCAUCAGAUCGAAUGUGGCAGAAAGUCCUUACUUUAAAAAGGCUGCAUUCUUUUUUUAAUUUUCUUUCUGAACCACAACUAAUGCUUUGAAAUAGGCACAAAGUGUAAUUGAGAAUGUGUUUGAACAUUCUGAAAUAUUAAGCAAUCGAAACCUCUGGAGUCAAGAAAUGCACAACAGCAACAUAAAUCUGGAAACCUGCAUUUCAAAGGGCGAAACCAGAUUCAUUUUGUAGUGGGAUAUUUCUAUCCUUCCCUUGACAUGCUGAAAGAUUUGUUCGAAGUAAUCUUCUUCAAUCCCUUUACCUUCUAGAUACAUUUGACUCAGAACAUUUGAACAUCUUUUUAAUACAUCAGUUUUUUAAUGACUGUUGAGAGGUGUAAUUAUUGUUGGAAAAUGGAUUAAACAUUGAAGUGUAAAACAUGCCUCUUGGCCAUUACCUUUUAUACGAGUUUAAUAAUUCUUUUAGUAAAUUAUAAGAUAUGAACAGUAACACUGCUAAUGCAGAUUUUUUUAUGGUUAAUUUCAAAGGAAUUGGCAGAUGCUGUUCUUUAAAAAGCUAUCAAUUUUUCUGUACAGUAUUUAGUUCUAACUGGUGGUUUCAAAGGCAGGUGUUACAGCAGCUGGAAAUGAGCAACCGAGGGAAUUUUCUCAAUUGGAAGACUUGAAUCAGUUUCAUCUGUGUUUGAAAUAUAUUUAUAUUAGGAUUUAAUGUACAUACUGUAAAAAAAAGUUUUUGUUUAAAUAUGUAGCCUCUCAAGGAUCUAAAUAAAUCUGGGCUGUAUAUUUUGUA